CUUUACCCAUUUACUCGGUAGCCGUUGGAAGGACAACACUAAUACAUGAUAUAGUGGCUAAUCCAUAAGUGUUCGCGAUGCGUUUGCCGAUUCUCUUGCUUGCGGUCGCGACCGCGGCGGCCGCCUCGGACCUGGACUGGUGGAAGACGGCGCUGGUGUACCAGAUCUACCCGCGCUCCUUCAAGGACAGCAACGGAGACGGCACUGGAGAUUUGAAUGGAAUCACAGAGAAGCUCCCUUACCUGCAGGAGACCGGCAUCGACGCCAUCUGGAUGUCCCCCAUCUACCGCUCCCCCAACUACGACUCCGGCUACGACAUCACGGACUACCGCUCCAUACAGGAGGAGUACGGCACCAUGGAAGACUUCGACCGCCUCCUCAACGUCUCCAGGGGCUUGGGCAUGCGCGUGGUCCUCGACUUCGUGCCCAACCACACCGGCAACGAGAGCGAGUGGUUCUCCAAGUCGACGACCCGCACGUCUCCCUACACCGACUACUACGUGUGGGCCGACGGACUCAACGCGACUGAUGAGAACGGAACAUUGUACGAAAAGCCUCCCAGCAACUGGGUGAGCACGUUUCGUGGCAGUGCGUGGCAAUACCAUCAAGUCCGCGGCCAGUACUACUUGCAUCAGUUUGUGAUCGGACAGCCCGAUCUGAACUACCGAAGCGAUGUGGUGCAAGAAGAAAUGAAGAAUGUUCUACGCUUCUGGUUGGACAAAGGUGUUUCCGGUUUCCGCGUGGACGCCAUCAACAGGUUGUACGAGGCCGACCCGAGAAACUUCAGCGGGUUGUAUCCGGACGAACCUUUGUCAGGAGCGGAAGGAGCCGUACCAGACGACUACGAGUACCUCCAACACAUCUACACCGAGAACUUGUUCGAGACGUACGAUGUCGUGUACGACUGGAGGGACGUGCUCGACGAGUACAUCACGUCGCAGGGGGAGUACAAGAUCAUGAUGACGGAGGCUUACGCGGACCUGCAGCUGAUGAUCCGGUACUACGGCACCAAGACCAGGAACGGCUCCAUACCGUUCAACUUCAGCUUCCUCGGGGAUAUCAACAAGGACUCCACCGCGUGGGAGAUCAAGACUGUGAUUGACAAGUGGAUGACUUACAUGCCGAGUGGGAACGUUGCAAACUGGGUGAACGGCAACCACGAUCAAAGUCGCAUGGCCAAUCGGCAAGGAGUGGACCGCGUGGACGCCAUGAACAUGUUGGCUCUCAUUCUGCCCGGAGUUGCUAUCACUUAUCAGGGCGAAGAGAUCGGCAUGACAGACGGGUACGUGAGCUGGAACGACACGCAGGACCCGCAGGCGUGCAACACGAACGACCCCGUCAACUACUACAAGAAGUCGCGCGACCCCAACCGCACGCCCUACCACUGGGACGGCUCCGCCAACGCCGGCUUCUCCAACACCACGGGCGCCACGUGGCUGCCCGUCGCCAGCAACUACCAGACGGUCAACCUGGCUGCACAGAUGGCCACGCAGAAAAGUCAUUACCACUUCUACAAAGACGUUGCCGCGCAGAGGAAGACACCAGCUCUGCAGGAGGGCGACCUGGACACUCGAGCGCUGUCCGAGUCCCUCUUGGUUGUGACGAGACUAUUGCCCGGCGAGGCUGGCAUGCUGGGAGUAGUGAACUUGGCAGCAGAAGCUCAAACCAUAGAUCUGACUUCGCUCAAAAUACUGCCUUCUGACUUGGAAGUUGUGGCUUCGGGAGUAAACUGCGCACUCGAGAAGAAUGCCACACUAACGAAGAGCAGCAUCCCGGUGUCGGCGCACUGCGCGCUGCUGUUCAGAAGUGGGAUCGUGGGCGGCGGCAACGCUGCCGGCGCGCACUACCUGAGCCUCCCCUUGCUGGUACUGCUUGUUGUAGCCACUUACAGCAUCACGGCUUGCUUCAGUUAAAUAUAGAUAUCCUGAGAUAUAUAGAUGUUUUGUAGGUGUAAGUUAUAAAAAAGAAUUAUGUAUUAAAAGUUAGAAAGACACCAAAGGCAAAUUAAAAGUAGGUAAGGAAAUCAUGAGAUGUAAUUUUUUUUAAAUUUAAAUAUUUAUUUUAAGCUUACCCCUGUUAUGUUUGAUAACUAAGUUUGUUCCUUAAAAUGUAAAAUGCCAUUAUAGUAAUAAACAUUUUUAAAAAUACUUGCAUAGUUAUCAUUUUAACCAUAAUAUCUCAUAAUACAAAUGAACUCCAAACAAAAAUCUGGCACUUAAAAUAUGCUCUAUUAAAUAAAGAUGAUUA